AUGUCACAAACACCUGAAGAAAAGCCGGUUCACGUCGAACACCAUGAACACGCCCACCAGGAGCAUGGACAUACGAAAGUAUUUUCCGGCGUGGACGAGCAUCUCGCUGCGGCAUUGGCGCGCGACAACCCGAAUCCAUUCGGGCCUGGGUACUUGAAGUUGUAUUUCUUCUGUUUCCUUAUCUUCUUUGCGUCGACGAUGAAUGGCUUCGAUGGUGCAUUAAUGGGGUCGAUCAACGCUCUCCCUAACUACACAAGUUACUAUCAUCUUCCACCCAAGGGAAAUUCUGCUACAGGCAUCGUCUUCGCCAUCUUCAACAUCGGUCAGAUGGUCGGAUCACUCUUCAUCUGGCUCGCCGACUGGAAGGGACGCAAGCUUCCCAUUUUCCUUGGCUGCAUCGGUGUCAUUGUUGGCACGAUUAUCACAUCAACUGCGCCGACCUUGUCGGUGUUUGUUGGCGGGAGAUUUUUGCUCUCGUUCUUUUCCACUAUUGCAACAACAGCAGCGCCUGUAUAUAUGAUCGAGAUCGCCCCACCAUUGUACAGAGGAACAAUUGCUGGAUUAUACAACACAUUAUGGUACAUGGGAUCAAUUAUUGCGACUUGUGCCGUGUACGGGGCUAACAUGAACCUCGCCAACGAUGGCAACGUGAAUUGGCGUCUCCCUCUAUGGCUGCAAAUGGUAUGCCCCGCGAUCGUCGUUGCCGGCGUCUGGUUCUGCCCCGAAUCCCCCCGCUACCUGGUCGGCAAGGGACGAGCUGCCGAAGCAAGAGCAAUUCUUGUCAAGUUCCACGCAAACGGUGACGAAACACACCCCCUUGUGGAUCUACAGAUGCAAGAGAUGGAAGCAGCCCUUCAGCGGGAAGGGAUGCUGACGUGGAAGAACUUCCUGGAUGUACGGUCGCUAUUCAGGACAAGAGGACGCGCGCACAGGAUGCUGCUUAAUGUGGCGUUCAGCUGGUUUGGCCAAUUCUCGGGAAACAAUAUCGCAUCGUAUUACCUUCCUAAACUGCUGUCCAACGUGGGAAUCACGACUGUGAACACUCAACUCGAACUCAAUAUCGUUUAUUCCGUCCUAGGUUACGUAGCUGCCGUGUCGGGCAGCCGAUUCCACGAUAUUCUCGGUCGCCGGAAGAUGUUCCUCAUCAGCAUUUCAGGCAUGAUCAUCUGUCUAGCAAUCGCAGCCGGCACUGCAGCAGGGUACGUGGAAACUGGAAGCACCUCAGCGUCAAAUGCUUCCAUAGCUUUCAUCUAUCUGUUUGGCGUGUCAUACUCUUGGGCAUUCACCUCGAUGCAUCCCAUCUACCCAGGAGAAGUUAUGGCGAAUGACAUGCGGGCCAAGGGCAUGUGUGUCAGUGGAAUGGUCUCGGGAAUCGCCAGUUUCGUGAACACCUUUGCCGCCCCCGUUGCCUUGAACAAUAUCGGGUAUUGGUUCUAUGCCUUCUUCGCCUUCUGGGACUGCUUUGAGCUCGUAUUUGUUUACUUCUUUUUUGUGGAGACGAAAGGCAGGACCCUGGAAGAGCUCGAAGAAAUCUUCAAUUCGCCAAACCCGGCAAAGGCCAGCAUCAAGCUCGUCUCAGUACGGGCCGGUUCGGACGACAGCAGCCGGGACGAGAAAGUGUAAACGAAGUGAUGAGCUGUACGCUGUAGUGCUAAG